AGAAUGACUGGCUCCCAGGACCCGCUGGUCUUCAAUUGCUCCGAGAUGCUCCAAGUGGCGAAUUCCCGAUUUCUACGUUCAGUUUUAUAUUUUAACCUGUUCUGCAGUGCCGUCGCCGUCUUCUAUCUAAUUCAUACGUGGCUAAGCAUUUGCCGCUACAAGUUGAUGCAUUUUAAUCUGAAAUUUCUAAUGAAAAUUCACUGCGCCGCGUUGCUGAUUCAUUGUGUGCCGAGAUUCUUCCUACACCUCUUCGACUUGUACUACUACUUUUUCGGCGUCGAUUGCUAUGACAUGCAACCGAGCUCCUUACGAUGCUUCAUCCUAAGAUUUCCCUACAUGUUCGGCCUGAUUCUGUCAAGUACCACAACGAUUUUUCUAAUGAUUGAGCGGGGAUUUGCCACAUAUUACAGUCAACAUUAUGAGCAUGGAUAUAAGUCGAUUGGAGUGAUUAUAGCUAUAUUUCAGCUCCUCUGCUCUCUUAUUCUAAUGGCUUCUGUAUUCCACGAGUACGAUUUUGAUGCUCCACACUACUAUUGCUCCAGCAUCUCUGUAAAGUUUCCGCUUUGGGUGAUAAUUCCAGAAGUCUUGAUUAUUGUUUUUCAAAUUGCCGCCAGAAUUGUUAAUCGGUGUUUGUUGGCGUUGAAUAAGAGAAUCCGUGCCCGAUCCGUCACCGCCACUCUAAGUAAUCGGUACCAGCUGGAGGCCAAUAUGCGGAAUAUUCGACUUCUUCAAUCUUUCACCUUGUGUGAUCUGAUUUUUGUGUUCACCUGCUUCACACUGUCCGCGCCCGUACAUUAUUACAGUAGUGAAAUGGAACGACCCACGUAUCAUGCUUUAGUCGAAGUUGUGAACUUUGUACCCCUCUACUCAGUUGUCAUGCCACUCUACCUAUGGGUAUUCCAGAAAAAACAUCGUGACACCGUAUCAAAUACACUGCAAGCGUCACUUACAACAUCAUCUGAUCACUAUUUUAAUGUUCUAAAUCAGCAAUUAAGUGUGAAAGAAGGCGAAAAACGACAACAGAGAAAACUACGAAAUCGGUGAUAAGAAAAUGUGAUAACCGGAAUUGGUUUUCGGAAAUUAGUUGAGAAACGUGAUUUUUCGAUUUUACUUCUUGGUUUUUCAUUGGAUCUCAUUUUGAAAACUUAUAACUGGUUUUUUGUUUUUUUUUUUGCUGUAAUCUUAGUUUAAAAAUUUGAAUAAAAAGUAAGAUUCGGAAAAUU